AGUGUAAGAUAAAACACAUUGGGGGGAAUUCACAAAAGUGUCGGUAAAAAAAGUAACCCAGAAGUGGCGGUCGACAAAUUUGUAAAAUGUCGUAUGUACGUCAAAUUCACAAAGGGAGAUGUCACUGUCUUUGAAUCUCUCGUAAGUCCGGCAUUUUUAUAAAAUGUCGUAUAUAUUUUGUCGGUGGAACGACGGUUUAGUUAAAUUGUCGUAGUUACGUCAAAUUCAAGAAAAAAGGCGCAAUCACUGUACAACUGAUUAAAAUAAUGUCGUUAGAACGAAUAAAUAUGUCGUGUACCCGAAAGAACAUUUCCUAGCACGACAACUGCAGAAUAGCUUCACGUCACGUUGUAGAUGAGUUCUGUCACUCAGAGGAAGCUGCUUAAUCCUGAGGAGAUUUCGUUUUUCCGAAGAUAUUGUUCCUGAGGUUAUUCUAUAUAUAUUUAAAAUUUUCUAUUUAGAUUUCCUGGUUUUGACCUUGGCUUGUUUCUGGACACUGUUGCCUGCUGCCUGACCCGACCUUUGGCCUGUUUACUGGACUCUGUUUUUGCCUGCAGAUUCUUUUCAUCACAGAUUAUGGAAAUUAUAUUUCCCUCACUGUUUUUCUUCCAUUUAAGAAAGAAAAGAAUGGAAAAAGUCGAUAAGCCUUUUAAUAAUGGAAAGCAAGUUAAAAGGCGCAAAUGCCAGAAGAUAAAAAUGUUUCGUGACCGAGUGACGCUGGUGGACCUAACGGACACUGAGAUUAAGGAUCGAUACAGGCUAAACACUGUGGAGAUUCUAUCGCUGUAUGAUGUGCUGAAAGUGAAUUUGUGCAAGCCAACUAAAAGAUCUCACGCCAUCCCUGGCCUUGUACGUUUGCUGUUGGCAUUAAAUUUUUUUGCAAAAGGUGACUUUCAAAGUUGCAUAGCAGUGAUUGGCGGUGUGUCUCAAAGCUCUUGCAGCCGCUCAUUGGAUGAAGUUUUGAAAGCAAUUAUGUUAGUUUAUAAAUCGUAUGUCUACUUUCCUUCUGACAGCAGUUAUUUGAAUACAGUUAAAGGAAAAUUUUAUGAGAUUGGCGGAUUUCCUAACAUUGUGGGAAUUAUAGAUUGUACACACAUUACACUAUGCCCACCUGCUGACCUGGAGCACAUUUACAGAAAUCGGAAGAGCUCCCACAGCAUUAAUGUCCAGCUUGUGUGUUCCUUUAAUCUAAAAUUUGUGGAUAUAGUUGCUAAAUUCCCAGGCUCUUCUCACGAUUCGUAUAUCUUGUCAAAUUCAUCUUUGUCUGAACGUUUUCAACAGGGCGAAUUCAAAGAUUCGUGGCUAUUAGGAGAUUGUGGAUAUCCGUUAAAAACUUGGCUGAUGACGCCAGUGUGGCGGCCUAAGAAUGCAAAAGAAAAAAACUACAACCGAGUCCAUGCUACAACAAGAUGUAUAAUUGAAAGAGCAUUUGGAAUCUUAAAGAGCAAAUUCCGUUGUUUGGACAUCACUGGGGGGUCACUACUGUACUCGCCUGAAAAGGUGUGCUACAUUGUUGUAGCGUGUGUUGUUUUACAUAAUAUCAUUAUACAAAGGGUCCAAAAUGAUGUAUGUGAAAUCCAACCAGCAUGUGAAGAAAACACUGACCUUCAAAUGCAUGUUGACCAGAAUGAAGCAAUUAUCACAAGGAACGAUUUGAUUCAACGAUUUUUUUGAUUGAUUCACUUGACUUUGGGAGGUUACAUUUUUUUUUGUAAAACUUGUUUAUAUUCUUAUUGUUGAUAUCUUGUUAAAUGUAUUCAUAUGAAAAGCUUACAAAACAAUCUUAAAAGGGUGGUUCUCCUUUACAGUAAAUUUACUUAUGUUAUAGAAAGGCUAAUUGAAAGGAACUUUUCAAUUGUUUUUCAUUAUUUAAUUUAAUUUAGAGUUAUAUGUCAUUUAUAUGCCAUUUUCUUCUAACUCUUCUUUUGACAGCAUUCCAAUGGGCGUCACUGUCCCCCUUCUAAAAAACAAAUGCUCUGUAAAGCUACAAAUUUAUUGUUAAUGCUUCUUUGUUUUGUGAAUGUUGCUAUUCAGGCCUCUCCUGUUUAGAUUCCAGUUUCUUAUUCAAAUCAAUGCAUGAUUGCUAGACAAAUGUUGGCCCUAGUUUGCAGAUUGGUUCAGAUGCAAAUUGAAGAAGCGCUGAAUAGAACUGAAAUAGUUGAGCUCCUGUUUGAAAUGUAACAGCCUAUACACACCUCAUAUAGCCUGUAUGGCGGUAUUCUUUAUUCAUUUGUCCAUACAAAAUCUCUUCUGUUCAGUAAAAUUUUGUCGGCUGGCGAGCCGUGUACAGCCUCCUUCAAAUCAUUUCUAAGAUUUAUUACGAUAUUCAGGUGGGGUAGCGUGAUGGACAUUUGCAAAAAAUUUAAUUUUCCACAAAUGUUUGCACAACCAGAUUUACACAUUUGUUUUAAUUUCAUGCAACAGAAUAUUGUGUCACUAAAAUUCUUUGUUUAUAAAACAUCCCACUAUUCAGAUUUGUAUUGAAAUUAAAAGACAUACCACUGUUAUUUUUCACAUUGAAAUUGGAGUAAAUAGUAAUGCAUAUUAAAAUGAUAUUUAACUUAUUGAGCAUGGUGGUAUAUUUUUUAUAUUCUU